CUCACUGAUUGGCUAGUGGGGCUGGCUGCUGCGAUCAGCCUAUCCACCCCUCCCCCCAGGACUGGGGAUUACAGGAUGAUUGAGGAAGGUGGGAACAAGAGGAAGACCAUGGCGGAGAAGAGGCAGCUCUUCAUAGAAAUGCGUGCUCAGAAUUUUGAUGUCAUACGACUGUCAACUUACAGAACAGCUUGCAAGUUACGAUUUGUACAGAAGCGAUGCAACCUUCAUCUCGUUGAUAUCUGGAACAUGAUUGAAGCUUUCCGAGACAAUGGCCUUAACACACUAGACCAUACCACUGAGAUCAGUGUGUCCCGCCUUGAGACCGUCAUCUCCUCCAUCUACUAUCAGUUGAACAAGCGCCUUCCUUCUACUCACCAAAUCAGCGUGGAACAGUCCAUCAGUCUCCUCCUCAACUUUAUGAUUGCCGCGUAUGACAGUGAGGGCCGAGGCAAGUUGACCGUAUUUUCAGUUAAAGCUAUGUUAGCAACCAUGUGUGGUGGAAAAAUGCUGGACAAAUUGAGAUAUAUUUUCUCCCAGAUGUCAGAUUCCAGUGGCUUGAUGAUGUUUGGCAAGCUUGACCAGUUUCUGAAGGAAGCCCUGAAGCUCCCGACAGCAGUCUUUGAAGGGCCAUCCUUUGGUUACACGGAACACGCAGUCCGCACCUGUUUUCCUCAACAGAAGAAGAUAAUGCUGAAUAUGUUUUUAGACACCAUGAUGGCCGAUCCUCCUCCCCAGUGCCUUGUCUGGCUACCUCUCAUGCACAGGCUUGCCCAUGUGGAGAACGUCUUCCAUCCUGUGGAGUGCUCCUACUGUCACUGUGAGAGCAUGAUGGGCUUCCGAUACCGAUGCCAGCAGUGCCACAAUUAUCAGCUCUGCCAGAACUGCUUUUGGCGUGGCCAUGCCAGUGGCACUCACAGCAACCAGCACCAGAUGAAGGAACAUUCCUCUUGGAAAUCCCCUGCAAAGAAGCUGAGCCAUGCAAUUAGUAAAUCUUUGGGCUGUGUACCCUCCAGAGAACCCCCACAUCCUGUUUUUCCUGAGCAACCCGAGAAACCACUUGACCUUGCACACAUAGUUCCUCCUCGACCUCUGAAUAUGAAUGACACCGUGGUUAGCCACAUGUCGUCUGGAGUGCCCACUCCCACCAAGAGGUUACAGUAUAGCCAGGACACGCCCAGUCUCUUGGCCGAUGAGCAUGCGCUGAUAGCCUCCUAUGUGGCCCGUCUGCAACACUGCACACGUGUCCUGGACAGUCCUAGCCGACUGGAUGAGGAGCACCGGCUUAUAGCUCGUUAUGCUGCCCGACUGGCUGCAGAGGCAGGAAACAUGACCCGUCCUCCCACUGAUGCCAGCUUCAACUUUGAUGCCAACAGACAACAGAGACAGCUCAUUGCAGAACUGGAAAACAAGAACAGAGAGAUCCUGCAGGAGAUCCAGCGCCUGCGGCUGGAGCACGAGCAGGCUUCCCAGCCCACUCCUGAGAAGGCGCAGCAGAACCCCACGCUGCUGGCAGAGCUGCGCUUGCUCAGGCAAAGGAAAGAUGAGCUGGAGCAGAGGAUGUCAGCGCUGCAGGAGAGUAGGCGGGAGCUGAUGGUACAGCUGGAGGGGCUGAUGAAGCUGCUAAAGGCUCAAGCCACAGGGUCACCUCACACAUCACCCACUCAUGGAGGUGGCCGCCCUAUGCCCAUGCCUGUGCGUUCCACGUCUGCUGGCUCCACCCCUACCCAUGGCCCACAGGAUUCACUGAGUGGAGUUGGGGGCGACGUACAGGAGGCCUUUGCACAAGGUACGAGGAGAAACCUCCGUAACGAUCUGCUGGUGGCUGCCGACUCCAUCACCAAUACCAUGUCAUCUCUGGUGAAGGAGCUCCAUUCAGGUGAAACCCAGAGCUCCCCACCGGUCUCCGCCUCCCCUCUGUGCCCCUCUGUGCCUGCCCUCUCCUGCCACCAGGCACACGGCGCUUCUUUCCAGUCCAUUCUCCCUUCUAGGAACACACAGGAGCUUCACCCAGUGCCUCCCUCCCACAUGUGAUCACAGUUUGUAUUAAGAACAGUCUGAAGGAGCAGACACAAUUCCAACUUGAAGCAAAGUCUGCUCUUCAGUGCAGCCAAAGCCUCCCCUCACUGUCUCCACCUACACUUUGUCCACAGUGGCUCUUUCCCUAGGCUGGCCAUCGCCUCAUUCUGAAGCUAUCCUGGAUGUGGCAGCAGUCAGCACCAAUCCACCUAUCUCUCUUCCAGCCGCCCUCUGGCUUCCUGCUGUUUGAUUCUGUUUUGAAACUCUUGUCUUCUCCUUUUGUCCAUGACCAGGCUCUGAUCUGACCUGAAGGUCCCAGCUGCAGCUCCCUCUGUUCUUCAUGUUUGGUCCUUCUUGACUUCUUUCUCCUUCCCUCCAUGACUCAGCCAGUGUAGUGGCUUCCCAGAGUUCUCUGCUUCACAGUGUUUUCCUCUUACAUGAAACCUGGGAAAGAGAGAAAGGACAAAACCACCAUAUCUCCAAGUACUUGCCAGCUCCAUCAGUGACAUGGCCACUCGGAGCUUAGGGAUUAUUUUCUAGCUAUGGCAUCCUUUGAGAGCUGCAUCAUUUACACCGAAGGCCCAUCUCUGUCUUAGUUACCCAAACAUUGCUUGUGAGUGCUCUGCAGUGGCUUACAGAGCUGUCAAGCAAAAGCACAGAGCAGUGUUUCCAGGGCCGUUCAGACACUCUCGUGAAAGGGAAGCCCAGGAUGUUUGCAGCAGGGGAAAGCAUCUCCUUUAGGGCUGUCAUCCUUUCCACACCUCAGCCCUCAAGUCCAUGUGUUUUCUUCAGAAGAGAUUACACCUGUGGCCUGAUUGGCUUUCCCAGCUCAGGUCAGUCACCUGUCCUGCCACAGGCAAUAUGAUGCCCUCACCCUCUUUCAUCCUAUUUCUCAUGCCCACACCGAAGCCCAGCCCUCACUGAACAUGCACAAAGCAGGGUGUAGGGGUGAGGGGUAACCUCAGGAAGACCUCACAGCUGAUUUGAAUACCCUUACUCUAAUAUACUUCCCUAAUAGACUUCACUUACAGUUUUAGAGGGAGUUUCUUAGGGAUUUUUAGGACAUGCAGAUGAAGUACAGUUAGAGUUUAUGCAAAGCAAGUGGCUCACGAGCUCAGUACUCAAGAAUGAGAAUGUAAUUUGAUUGACAGAAAACUGAGUCAGUCAUGGUAUUGCAUGCCUGCAAUCCCCCGUACUUGGGAGGCUUAUGAAGAAGUCAAAGGUUAUAUGGUGGGAGGAGGACGAGAGAACAUCAAUUAAUAUGAAAAGUUGGUUUUAAUAAAAUUGUGUCAUUUAGAAGGUAUGUUAGUGAUCCUGUUGUCCAGCCUUAUUUUAGAAAUGUGGUGAGGGGUUUUUCAGAAAAGUUAAUUUGUUUGAGAUCACAUUGCAUGCAGAGGCAAAGCUAGUUCUAGAGCUUGGGUGUAGAGAAACAUGAUGCCAGACUCUGAGCUGACCCAGGACAGACAACAAGGCAGGUUCUGCGAGGCCCCUAUCCCAAGCACAGAAGCCUAUCGUCUGACACAGAUGAAUGCACACAGGAUCCACCCAGUACCCUUGUUAAACACAGAAUAAAUCCUAUCCCUCAGUGAAUGGGAGAGUCCUGCCCAA